AUGGCCCAGCCCCAGCAAUUCCACGAUGUUGUACCGGGCGAACAGUAUCGUUAUGCGUUAACGAACUUCAAAAUUGCACACGAGAAAGUCGAGGAUCAGCGGUUGCAACUGCAAGAACAGGAGAAACAAGUUGCUCGCCUCCGAGCCAGGAUCGCGUUGCUAGAAGGCACAGGCGAACAGAACAGGCGUAAGGGGGAUUCGGUUGACGAUUUUUCCAUCAAGAACGCCGCGUCCCAGCUCGAGAGGUCCAUCAAUCGCUGGGCCGCGGACGUCAUCGAGAAAGCCCCUGCAGACCUCGGUGCCGUCCGCCAAGCAGCCCUUGCCGACAUAUUUGAUGGCUAUCCGCCUGAGCCGUCGCCGUUCCCUGAUGAAGCGAAUCCGAUGCAUGUGAUGCACCUGCUGCGGCAUGCUAUGGCGAAGACGAUUUCAGAAGGAAUCAUCAACUGCUUGAUCGUGACGGACUCGCCGGAAGCGAAUAUCCAGCUUACACGCAUCCAUGAGCACAUCUUUACUCGUGAUCCAACUGUGGCAGCCGUAUGGCGAAGACAAACAUUCAGCGCGGCCGUCGAGUCCUGCUCGCCCGCCAUGUCCCGCUUCUUCCUCUCGGAGAACAUGUCCGCGCUCAGCGAUACCCUCUUCCCAGACGACAAGGACACGGACGUGCUCACGCAGGGCGCGUUCGCGAUCCUGCAGGCGGGCCUGCAGUUCUCGCGCAUGUUGCACGGCUCGUCGUCGGGCUCGGCGGGCGACACCGACGCGUUCUACCGUGCGUUCGUGCCCGAACUCGGGAGCGUGCUCCACCCGUCCCAGAUCGAGCUCGUCAAGCGCUGCCUCAAGAGCGAGCGCGAGGAGCAGGACCGCCUCGGCGCCACCGUCUUCCCCGGUCUCGUAAAGGUCAGCCGCGACAGCCUCGACCCGAAUGUGCCGCACACGCAGACUGUCGUGCGUCGCGGGCAGGCGGUGUGCGAGUGUGCGCUCGGGUUGGCGACCACAAUUCGCAAUGGCGCGUGAUGUGGGAGCGAGGGCAGGAUCCUCAUAUACACGAGCUCAUAUCUGUAAUCAUACGGAGCGGAACAAAAUGAGUGUAUACC